UGCCCUGAACGUAGCCUCUCAGGCACGAGCUACUCACAGGCUGCCGUCCCCCUGGUGUCUCCCCUAACGACAACUUAUAUUUAGGUUUGUGUUAGGGAAGGUUAAUGUUAAGGUUAGUGUCGUAGUUGGGGGGUUUUGACAGCGUUUUUAUAAAUAUUCAACACAGGCAAACAGAAGGCGCUAGCUACCCGAGAGACAAACUGAAAGGCAAUGAAACCUCACAACAAAAGUGGGCUUGCCUGUGAUUUGUUUACGUAGUUAGCGUUGACAGGCAGCUUCAGGCCUACUAGUUACCUGUAGCUCUGUAGCUAGUGAGCCGCACCAGUGGCCACCGACGACAGCGGACAGCAAAGUAAGAAAGUCUAAUCGAAUCUGUGGGCCGGUAAUGCAUUAAGGAGACAAUGGAGACCACAGACAGUGCCACUGAGGGCGACCCUCUGAAGAGGGGAGAAGACGGGGCAGAGACAGGAACUGCACCAUCAGCUACAGAGCUGAAGAAGAAGAGUUGUAAGGAAGUCUUGGGUUUUUCCAAGCUGACCCACUGGCGAACUGCAGUGUUCUUCCUCUCCUUGUUCCUGUGCCUCACCAUAGUGUUUGCCUUCUCCUUCAUAAUCCCCUGUCCUGUCAGACCGCAGUAUCUCAUUUCCUGGAACAGGACUUUCUCUGAAGCAGCAACCUAUGACUUCUUAGCUAUUGAAGAUGCAAGCAAGGACAAGGUGAUGGAUGUCCUGUUUGUCCUCAAAAACACAGAAGGCAGUCAGAACAAUACAUGUGCUGGUGCAGGUCUGCCCUCGCCAUGUGUGUUUGUGUUAGCGGUGGAUGGGACCGAUGGAGAGACCCUGUGGGGGCGUCCACUGGAUCCUGAAUUCCACUGGGCCCAGUGUGGUCUGAACAAAGAUGCAAGCAGAACCUGGGACUGUCUGCUGUCCCAUUCUGACCAACUCACAGCCAUUGACAAAUACACUGGUGACGUCAUGUGGCAGCAGCCUCAUCCUCCUGGUCUGCACACCACUGUGCCUGUUCUUAGUGUCCCAGAUCUGGACAGGGACAAGGUCAGCGAUGUGGCUCUGGUGGCAUCUGACAACUCACAGACUCAGCUGGUAUUCCUCUCAGGGAAGACGGGUGUCCAGAUUGGUUCUACGGUGGUUCUUGACACCACAGAGACAGCCAGUCAUCUUCUCCAUUACACUACAGAAGGUUCUCACUACAUACUGCUACAAAAAGACACUGGCUUGUAUGGACUGGCACUGUGGAGGAUUGCUGCCAAGGCAGGGAUAGAGGUGGGCCUCAAGAAGGAUAAACACUGGGAGAAGAACGCCAGCACAACAUCUGGCCUCGUACCCAUCUACAAGUCUGACUCAAUGAGACAAGUGCUCAGAACAGGAGAAACAGAUGAUUCACCCAACCUGCUGCUUGUGACUGGGAAGGAGGUCGCAUUAGUCAACGGAAAAAAUCUGCAGCUACUGUGGAGAUUCAAUUCCAGCUCAGUCCUCAGAGAGCCUUCCUUUGGUCACUUUAACAAAGACGAUGUGCUUGAUGUUGUGGUUGAGGAAGAAAUUGGCAACUACACAAAGAGGGUUAUAAUUCUUGAUGGGAAGUCCGGUGGUGUGCUGUGGGAAGUCAACCUUUUGGCCACUCCUAACUCACCGAGACCCGCCUCAAUACACACCACCAACUCUUUCUCGAUCUUUGUGUUUUGGGGCACAAUGCCCUCAGAGAUCAACUCAACUGUGCCAUUAAUUAGUGACCGACGUUCUUACAUGCUCCAUCCUCUCCAUUCUAAAGUUCUCCUUGAGUCAACCAGUUCCAUGGACUACAUCGUAACAUUUAAAGCCACACUGUUGGAGCGUGGACGCCAUGCUGCCUACAUCCUGCUGACAGGUCCUGACACGGAGGGAGCCAAAGGCACGGUGGUCCUCAGCAAGCGAAAGCUGAAGCAGGACGUCCCUGACAGCAAUGUACUCCGUAUUGGCAGCGGCGGAAGUUUAGAGACCAAUGAGUUCAUCAAAGAGGCCUUCAACCGUCUCCGCUUCAGCGAUUGGUGAAAGGACCAACUGUGACACGCGCAGUACAUCCUCCAUUUUGGCACGGCUAACUGUACGGUAGCUUAAAUGAACUCUAAAAACCAAAGUGUGUACACUAGCUAUGACUUUCCAACUGCUGACAACCAAAAAAAUGUGUUUAGAGACUUGGCUUGGUUUGACAGGGUUCUUCCAUUGAUCUCCAUUGGACAAACUGGGCAUGAUCUGUUUUCAGACUUGACUGCAUACAUAGUAUCAUGAGUUUGAUCCUAAUCACAUGGCCUGGAUUGCUAUUCUCCUGCUGAUUAAUCCAUUAAGAGGACCUGCCUCGCUGUAUUGUUUCUAGCACUUCAAUGCAAUGCUCUUUUUUUAAACUGUGGAGGCUGGAUAAUUAUUUUGAUCUAUGCAACUUUAUGUCGCACUUGGCUUUAAAAGGUAGCAGAUACAGGUGGUAGUUCCUAUGUAAUUCAAAUUAUAGUAGCCUUAAAGGAAUAGUUAUGCAGUUACAAAGUUAACAGUAAAACAGACUUGAAAUAUGAACCAACCAGCCUUAAGGUGGACUUUAUGUUACAUUGUUUCGUAUUCUGUUUGUGAUAUUGAUAAGGCAGUCUCGUAGUCAAUGGUACUGUUGUCUAUAAUCAAGACGUGUCCCUUACUUAAUCAAUCCAAGAUGCUGUAACUAGUGAUGCUCUUUAAUGCACAUUGACUAAACCUUUGAGUCUCAAAGGUUCUCUGUAAUGUUGAGUUAUUGCUGUGGGGGGUUUUUUCCUAAGUGAUUCCUAUUUGUUAAAUAAGUGAAAAUGAGGUUCUUGUUUUUGCUCUACAUUAAUAUAUUGAACCUGUGGGAUGUGGCUUUGUUGGAGCUCUUUUUUUUUUUUUUUUUUUCUUGACUUGAUAUGUUGAAUUUAAGCAAUAAUAAACCAUUUUAAAACAA